UUUGUUUUCAACGAGACACGGACAAUUUUUUCCUCAAGAGCUGAGAAACAGUCGCAAUUGAAGUGAAAAUCGCAAUUCUACAUUCUUUUGAACCUUUGUGAAACCAUCCAGACUAUCCACACAACUCGGAAGAAGUAAAACUUGCAGAAAUGGGAGCAGUUUUGGGCCUGGUAUCGGCCGCCAACCUGGCUUGCUGCUGCACGGGAACUGCGUGCUCUUUGUGCUGCUCGCUAUGUCCUUCGUCGCUGAAGUCCAACUCGACGGCAACGCGCUUCAUGUACGCGCUGAUGCUGGUACUCGGAGCAAUCGUCGGUGCCAUCAUGCUUGCGCCGGGGCUGCAAGAUUGGCUGAAGAAAGUGCCCUUCUGUGUGAACUCCACUUCGUCGGCUUCAAACAUCAUACCGGCCGGAGAGACGUUCGAUUGCAGCUCGGCCGUUGGCUAUCUGGCGGUGUACCGCAUAUGCUUCGCUCUCGUUUGCUUCUUCGCCCUCUGGGCGGUCAUGAUGUUGAAUGUCCGCUCAUCCAAGGAUCCACGUGCUGCGCUACAGAACGGUUUCUGGGGUAUUAAGUUCAUGAUCGUGAUCGGUAUCGCGAUCGGUGCCUUCUUCAUCCCGGAAACGGGCUUUGGACCGGCCUGGAUGUGGGUCGGAUUGAUCGGUGGGUUCGCCUUCAUCCUGGUGCAGCUCGUGUACAUCAUUGACUUUGCGCACAACUGGGCCGAUACCUGGGUGAGCAACUACGAGGAGGAUGAAUCACGCGGUUGGUUCGCAGCCCUUUGCUGUGCCACCGGCAUCCAGUACAUCCUUUCGCUCACCGGUAUCGUGUUGCUGUACGUGUACUUCACGCAAUCGUCGAGCUGCUCCCAGAACACGUUCUUCAUCACGAUCAACAUGAUUCUGUGCGUUGGAGUUAGCAUCAUGUCGAUCUGGCCCAGUGUGCAAGAGUUCCAACCUCGUUCCGGAUUGCUGCAGAGUUCGAUGGUGACGCUGUACACCGUUUACCUGACCUGGUCGGCCGUGGCUAAUAAUCCGGACCCAGAGUGCAAUCCCGGAUUCCUGGGUAUCAUCGGUGAGAAGACGAACCGUGUGCAUUUCGACAAUACGAGCAUCAUCGGUCUCGUCAUCUGGUUGCUGUGCAUUCUCUACUCUUCCAUGCGCUCCGCCAGCAAUGUUUCGCGAUUCUCGGAUCCCGAAAAGCAGGAUCUUACAGCCAGCCUCAGCGACGACAGUUCCGCCGGUAAUGGUGGCAACGGCAAUGAGGUGCGUGACAACGAGGAAGAAGCCGUAGCAUACAAUUGGUCCCUGUUCCACGUCGUGUUCAUCACUGCCACACUGUACGUCAUGAUGACCCUCACCAACUGGUACCAACCAAACUCUUCGCUGGAAACACUUAACGCAAACGCCGCCUCCAUGUGGGUUAAGGUAGUGUCCAGCUGGAUGUGUAUUGCCCUCUAUGGUUGGACCUUGAUUGCGCCGAUGGUGUUGAGCGACCGUGAAUUUAACUAAGCUCCACACUAGAGAAACGUGAUGGUGGUGCUAUAAUCUCUCAUGUUUUAAUCCAUCUUCUUCAUAGCCCUGUACCGAACAAUCUACCAUCUUAACUUUCUCGGUUCUUAGUUAUUAAAUGUGAUAUAUCUGUAUGUACCAGGCUGGAAAGUGAAUGAACAAACAGCUAAAAGGUGGUAGGAAAAGGAAUGAAAACCAUCAUGAAGUAGAAAGAAUUUGAAAUAAGAAGAAUAAUUGAUCCUGUAGUUUGCCAUUGGGAUGUUUAAAAGCCUUCCUUUAGUUUUCACAACAUCGAUUUAACAUUCUAACAUUCGUCCGGUAGCUGCACGCGGUAGUGCGUUAUUCAACUGCUUGUAUGUGUGUAUUAUACAGCUGGAACAGAAAGCUUAAAUAGAUUCAAUAAAUCCCGCAAAUCUAUAGGCAGGAACAGC